AAUUAAUAGAUUAACUGUAUUUUCUUUCAGGUUCUUGCGAGGGCUCUAGAAGAAUGUGGCGGAGAUCUGGAUGCCGCGAUGAAGAGCUUACACUCCAUGGAGCCAGCUGAAGAAUCGGAUAUAGGAGGAGAGCAUGGAGGUUUAAGCAGUGAGGAAACUCCUGUUGAAGGUGGAAGUUUAGCAGCUUCGGACAAUCACCCAAGGAGUGGUGACGACUGGGUUGAGUUGCUAGUGAGAGAAAUGGCUCUGUCUUCUAGUAAAGAUGAUGCAAAGGCCCGCGGUGCAAGAGUCCUAGAGGCUCUAGAAAGGGCAAUAAGUGAGCAUGCUCGUGAAGAAGGGGGAAAAAGUUUCCAAGAGGAGAACAUGGUGCUGAAGCAGCAAACGGAAGCCUUGAUCAAGGACAAUGCUGUCCUGAAACGUGCCGUUGCUAUCCAGCACGAGCGGCAGAAAGUGUUUGAUGACGUGAGCCAGCAGCUAGAGCUUUUGAGACAGCUGAUUCCACAGUACCAGGAAAAGAUCAGAAAUCUGGAGGUGAACAACUACGCCUUAAGAAUGCAUCUGCAGCAAGUGGGGCAGAGCAGUUCCAUUCCCGAGCGGUUCAAUCCUGACGUCUUCUAAACAUCGGAGAGGACAGGCGGACAUUGCUUUUGGCGUUUUUGCCAUUCAUGUAAGCCAAAUUUUCUUGGGGGGUGUGGGCUGAUUUUCAGGCAUCAGCAUGGACCUGUGCGCGUGUUUCUUGUUUUUCCUUGCUUCCUUUUCUAUUGAAAAAAAAAAAAAUUGCUUUUGUAUAAUCUUCGCCCCCGGGGGGAAGCCAAAUUCUCACCUAGUGUUGGGCUUUUUGUAUUUGUUCGGGAACAGUUUAUUCCAUUCUAUAAAAAUUGUAUCCAACUAGAAGCCAAUGUUAACCGGUGUGGUUCGGUUCAGAACGUUUUGUGAUAUGAAUAUUGAAUAUUAAUCUGGAUUUCGGUUUGGUA